AAAAAAACUACAGCUUCCGCUAUGUGUGACGCCCCUGCUUUCAGCCAAUCACAGUCCGCCUCUGUAGGAGGAGCUUGUGGGUGUUUUGAUGUGUCGAUCUCACGUGGAAGCACGAGUUCUGACAACCUCCAGUGACGACAUGUCAGCGGCAGGUCAAACGAGUGGAAGCCGGGAUAUACCAGCUGUCAGGCGGGUUGCCGUCCUCGAGGCUGCUCACAUGCCCCAGGAAUACUCCACCACCCCCGGGGGGACCAUGUUCAGCACUACGCCUGGAGGAACUCGGAUCAUCUACGACAGGAAAUUCCUACUUCAGUGUCGGACUUCUCCUCUGACUCGCACACCUCCAAAACUCCCCGACAUCCCAGGAGUCACAACGUCACUCAAACGGGGGUCCUCCACCGAGACAAACCAGCUGACUGAGAGCAGUGACGCUGAGCAACACAGCUUACAUGCAGAGAGUGCAGCCAACAAGCCAGCCUGGAAAGAAGGAAAGGAACGCUGUAGAAUAACAGUAGACUUGGAGAGGAGAGUUACACUACUUCGAGAAAAUGCAUCGCCAGAGACAUCUGAGUCAUUCAGCGCUGCAGGAGAUGACGCCCAGUUUGACAUGGACAUCUGAAGAGGAUUAAAACAAGUCAUUGCAACUUCAUUAUCAGUGUUUAUAGCUAGUACACAAGAUUUUUUUUUAGACCAGUCCUAUUAAAAACUUCAGAAUGUG